AUGGCCUCGGUUACCUCACAAAACGCCUCCCCACACGCCUCGUCACCAUACGACUUCGACUCGACGGGCGACACCGAUGAAUCAUGGCAAUACAUUGACUACUCGAGCGGCGCAUCCGUCACCGGAUCAAUAGGCUUCCUGCCCAGCCCUGCCAGCGGCAGCUUGAACGGCUUCGCCAUCGUCGGCCAUGUUUCCACGCCGUCUCAGGGAGGAGGAGGAGGAGGAGGAGGAGGAGGAGGAGGGCUUUCGCCGGGCUCGUCCCUGGUGGACAUGGAUCCCAACGUCUUCCUCCCUGCCGGCACCACCGCAUAUCAGCCAGAAACCGAGUUUGUGGCGGCAGACCUGUUCUCGAGCGGCGGCGGUAUCGAGAGAUCUUCCCCGGGCGGCGCGCAUGCAACAAGCUUCUCGCAGGGCGAUGCGUUUUUGACGCCCCAGCAGUAUCUGUUUAUGCCGUCUGGCGCGACAGUCGAUUUCCAGCCGCAAGAGCUCAAUGAUCUUGCCCCCUUUAUGAGCGACUUCCAAGUCGACUCCUUUUCGGUGAUGAACCAGACGAGUCCGGUGCCACGGCAAAACGUCUAUCAAUCACUGCCUUCAGAUCCAGGCAUGCCACCAUGGGGCCAAACAAGCCCCAGUCUAUCUGGCAACGAAGGCAAGUUUGUCUUUGAAGGAGUCAUCUCCUCGCCAAGCCAGCUGAGCGCGGCGUCCUCGAGCCCAAAGUCGCCCGCCGUCAAGUCCGAGGGGAGCAGCAGCAGCAACAGCAGCAGCAAGGCCGGAAAGUCGAUGCGCAAAGUCCUUGGCGGCAAGGUGGAGAAGAACAGAAGCGAGCCGUCCAGCGGCAAGUUUGUCAUUGUCACGCCGACGACCAUCAGCGCCCGCGCCGGCAAGCCGAAUCCGUACGAGUGCUUCGAGGCGAUGAGGACGACGCAAAAGGGGCGCAAGGGCCCGCUGGCGAACGAGACCAAGGAGAGCGCGCUGCAGGUCCGGAGGGUGGGCGCGUGCUUCUGCUGCCACAGCCGCAAGGUCAAGUGCGACAAGGAGAGGCCGUGCAAGCAUUGCAAGAAGCUGAUGCUCCAGGUGCCGCAAGUGGUGUGCUGGCAGUUUCAGGACUUUCUGCCGGUCCUGUUUCCCGACUUUAUCCGCGGGCACUUUAAGAAGGAUGUCAUGGCGGGCUUCAUCAGUGAUAACGUCGAGGGCUUCACGGUGAAUGGAGCCGAGCAGCUGUGCAAUGUCGAGUUGUCGUCUGGUCCACGGUUUGGCGCUACGUUGACGCUUCAGGCCAAGUUCUUCACGGCCAAGACGUGUGACGUUCUGCAGCACUGGCACUUGAGCAGUGGCGAGGAUCGUGUCGACCUUCAGUCUCAGGGGUCGGCGCCGAUUGGUAUCGAGGUCAACAAGGGGCCUCUGAGGGACGAGAUGAAGAAGCUGGCCAAGGGAUAUGUCCAAGCCCUUGUGAACGAGCCGCUUCUUGCGGACCAGUUGACGGACUCCUUCAAGUCUACCAGGUUGCCCACCAAGAUUCUUUCCAUUGUACAGACGUUUGCCCAAAAGUCAGAUUCCUCCAUGGUAAAACGGGCUCUUUCGAUCUACACCAUGCACUACGUGAUGACGCGGCAUCUCUGCUUAACCCGUCAAUCGAUCCUUGCCCUCCAGCCCACCGGCCUCGUCCCUCAAAAUACGCCCUGGGUCACUCCCCGCGUACUCGCGCGGCAAGUCAAGUCCCUCGUCGACGAGCUCAUCCUGCGCGACAUGCAACAACUCUUUGAACUCUUCUCCAAGUCGCUCAAGCCAAAGCUUCGACGCGAAUGGGCACCGUGUCUCGCCUCGUUCCUAGUCCUUUGUCUGUUCAUGGAGGCCGUCGAGACGGCUGCGGACAACUUUGUCGUGUCGCAGAACGAGGUUGAUCUGAGGAACAAAGACGCCCCCAAGUACAAGAGAUCGCUCGCUCUGGAUACCUGUAAGGAGUUGGAGAACAUGCCCUUUAAGCAGUUUGCGUAUCAGUUCCAUCAUCUCUACCAGACGCAUACGAAGGAUGCGAACACGAGGAGCUUUAAUCCCUUGUUCGACAACAGCUUUGUCGAGCAGGGAGAGCUUGAUCCCGCGGCGGUGGAAAUGGUGCAGAGCCUGAGAGAGCUCUUUCACGGGGAAGACUGGCAAGACAUGCAGUUCCUUGCUGACGACGAGCUCUUGUUGCAUAGAGAGGAGCACCCUUAUCCUAUGGAUACGUCGUUUCUUUAUACCGGCCGCCUGGUGGCCAAGUUUUUGCUGUCAUUUACAAACGAAAGCGUCAUCUUUGCAAGCAAGAUAUGA